CUGUCAUAACCUUUACCAUGAAGAUCAAGAAUUUUAGACAAGAUGCAACGCGAAUUUCUUUCUCACCUCUCUCAAGAGUCCAUCACUAUAUUUAUUAGGCAUUUACCACCAAAGGACAAUGUACAGUAUUGAAACCUACUCCAAUAAUGGCUCACACAACAAGAGAAAACGUCGAGAUCUUAGUACACACAUCAGCACCAAGUCGAGGCCAAGAUGAUACCCGAUACAGAGCAUUCGCAAGUGCUUAUUUGAAUUUCGAGCCUGCAACAUAUCUACAACUACAAGACGACCCUCAACUCAGUGGUGCAAAUGAGGAAGGGUCGGAGGUGCGGAUUGAAGAGGAGCUGCACCACUCGACGCAGGGAUACGACGAAAAUGCAUCUUAUUGCCCACCAACCCAAGAGCCAGAGACGAAUCUAGGGGCAUACCAUGAGAUCACCGAGGAGGAAUUAUCCGAUCUCAUCUGCUCACCUCAACUCUCCUUUCGAAGUGUUCUGGAUAAUCGAAACUCUCCGAGGUUUCGUACUCGAAGCGGAGCUGCAAUGAGCUUGCGAAUGCAAUCUGGAGAGGAAAUACCGGGGCGGAGUCAGGAUGGUUUGGAAAUGCAGACUGUAGAGGAAACACCUUGGCGGACUCAGUUUCUGGAUUCAGUUCCUGCUCAAACACAAUCAUCCAGUGUAGGUGAAGACUUUCUAGCUGAUAAUGACAGACUCAUUACACAAUUUUCAUCCCCAACGCGGAUUUUGGAGCUACAUCAACAGCAAGGGGAAAGCACACAAGACUCUCCUGUAGUGCGUAGGGGAUCGCAGUUUACAGACGUUAGUAGCUUGAACCUUGAGGUUCCUCGAGCCAUACCAUUCAUUAGUUCCCAGAGUGCUGAAACUCAUACCAAUUUGGGAAUUGCUCCUUCUCUGUCACCCGGGCACUCCCCAAUAACUUCUCCUCCUCGGCGAGCGCAUAUAACUAGAUUUAGACAUAUCACUCCAUCUCCAGUAUCAGCUUUUCAUAGAGACGCACCUAACUCGAUGAGCUCUAACAAUCCGAACAGUAUGCAGUCUUUUGGGCAGGCCGCUAAUACUUCAAAUCGACGAACAAGUCAGACUAUGGAGAAGGAGAUAGCAGCGGAUUUUACGAAUGAAGACGUAAAUUUGAGCGAAUUUUCGAAGAAGGGGCCGAUAUCUGGUAUACCCGAAAAAUUAGAAACAUCUAGCUCGUUGCCGCAACAUGCGAACAGCAAGCGACGGCGGGUCGAUUUUCCAUCGUCAGUAGACAAGAGUCCCAAAAGUCCCAAGAGGGUUAAGCUAGUAAUAUCCGAUACCACGAGUGAUGCAUCUUCCAGGUCUCUUCCUUCACCACAGACACGUCCUACAUCUAUGGCCCAUGAUGCGCCGGAUGUCUCAGGCACCAUAGCUCCCAUGUCAAGCUUGGCUUCUUCGAAGUCUUUGGCAACGUGCAUCAUUCCUUCAUUUAUACCCCAAACUUCGUCUGGCGAUCUCACGCCAGCUAAUCUUGUUACGACUUCACUGGGACUUCUUGUUUCAAUUCAAGAACUACGGGCAGUAUACAAGCCUACUCUGCAGACCAGGCCUUGUCGCCCUUUUGAGCGUGGAUAUUGGCUUGUCGAUAUUCAAAGCCUCGAUUAUCAUGUCAAACAAAACCUCUGGUCUUACCUUUUCAGACACAUCUCCAAGGGUGAUUCAGGUUGGGGUGUAUCGGCGGAACGUACAGAUGAUUGGAAGAGUGUCAGGGUUAAUUGCUGGGGCGGAGUGGUUAAAGAAAUAUACACUUUACUAUUUAUUGCUAGUGAAUCGAAGAUGCAAGUUGGAGAUGCAUGUUGGAAAGACGGUGGCGGAGAGACUGUGGUUUCCUGUUAGCCAUUAUCUACCACCCUCGACCUUGGAUAUUCCUAGGAGCUCGAAAAAGGGAUGCAUUCAGCGUUAGGGUACCACUAUGGCCGAUAAUCGCAUUUAAGGAUCGGAUUUCUUAGAAGACUCACACAUGUGACCAUGUUUUAAUCGCCGUAAACCGGCAAAGUGGCCAAUGAUUUUAAAGGCUAAAAUGACUCCUGUUUGCUAUCUAUCUCGAGAAAGAACAG